CCACAAUCCAACGUCGCGGUCAUCAAUCAUCUUUCUCAAUAGUCUCGCCACUUCUGCUCUGGCCAACAUGGGCGAUCGUGCCAAGCUACAAGCUCUUUCAGAUGAGUACCAAAGUCUACAAACACAACUCAGCGAGCUCAUCUCCGCGCGACAAAAAUUGGAGUCGCAGCAGCAGGAGAACAAAGGCGUGCAGAAUGAGUUCAAAGGCUUAGCUGAGGAUGCGACCAUCUACAAGCUUGUUGGUCCAGUGCUGCUCAAGCAAGAUACGACCGAAGCGAAGAGCACCGUCGAUGGGCGACUAGAGUUCAUCGAGAAGGAGAUUAAGCGAUUUGAGGAGAAUAUCAAGUCUAUGCAAGAUAAGAGUGAAAGCAAAAAGAUGGAGAUCAUGCAGAUUCAGUCGCAGAUGCAACAGGCUCCAGCUUCUGCUUGAGACCUAAUGACCUAGCAUGCGACUUUUCUCCCAUGUGGCCUUCUAGCGGGCGCCACCUGUGGCAUUCUACUCCGAGAUGGCAACAAGCGUUCCGGAAGGUUGAGCCACACACAAUAAUCAUACGAAGCGCGGGAUUUGGGAGCGAUUCUGGUCCCAUGCAUCUACGGCCUUCCAUCUGAAGACUGUGCCUCGGCACAAACAGCGGGGAACUCUUACAACACGAGCGAUCGCAAUCAGAUCCGCUCGAAGCUGCCCGAUGCCGCAGCCCGCUGUAUAGAAGUUCUGGUCGUAUGCCCGGACCAUCGAUGCUGCCAAGCGCACACCUGGCCAAGCAGACCCCUGAGGUCCAAGAUCGUCUCGGGACGUUGCUCAGAUCGGCCGUCCUUGAACAUCUCGGUCCAUCAAAGAAUCGACGUAGUCAGAGGCCAAUGCUAUAGUAGCCACGUCUACGAAUCGCUUUCAGAUGCCAAUACGUAUUUCUAAAGGUGCUGCAGGUUUCUCGAUCUAGUGCCAACAAGUCAACGAGUCGGACAACAGAGAAACCUCUUCAAAACUACAGCGGAAAGUGACACGUACCAACCGCGUAGCUCCGUACGCUCAGAAGUUGGGUCUCACAUGUCUUAACUUGCGCGCCACUUAUGUGUAGAUCAAGCUCACUUAAUAUGACCAGCACUCAAUUACACACUCCCGUCUUGAUCAACAGCAAGUUUAGCCGACAUAAAUGCCAAGCAUCAACAUCGAUCAGCCGCUCGAUCUCGAAGGCAACAACAUCGAUGCACCACAACUCACGCACCGACAAACUCCUGCUCCGAAUCAAACACAAGACCGUAUCUUCGCUACGACCAGGCUCAGCUCACCAUCCUCGUAAGAUCAGCGCUCUAGAGCACACCAACAAUGCCAACAGCAUUUAUUUCUGGCCCUCUCGACAUAGACCAAGCCUACUUCGACCAAUACUACCAACCCCGCAUCGACACCGCCAUAGCUGAAUCUCAUAACUUCAUCAUAGGCCCUGUAUCCGGUAUCGAUACUCUCGCGUUGAUCUACCUUACUUCUCACCACUCCGUCUCCGCCACUCAAAUUUCAGUUUACA